AAUACAUGUACGUACGCCUAGUAAGCUGGGCUUUGAUAUGGCCAUUAAUCGUGGAGACCAGCAAAUCUUCAUUGGGCCUUUGAUUGCCUGCCGUUACUGUGUUGUUGUUUUUUAUUUUUUAUUUCUGAAAUCAGCAUGAGCCAAGACAGCAGCAGCGACGAUGAGAGGUACCAGCCUGCUAUCGCCCCACUGGCCCCCAAGGUCAUCCUGCAGGAGGAGAGCCAGGUGGAGGUGUCGGCAAGCCCAGCCUUCCAGUGUCUAGAUGAGCUCUUCCAACACGGUAAGCUGACAGGAACUAAGGUGGCACAGCUCAAAGCCAAGUACACAGAGCUACACAGAACACUGGCUAGGACCAGAGAUUCAGAGACUUCCCUCCUCCAGGAGGCCAAGAAGUGCACGGUGGUGCUAGAGAAGCAGCGGGGGGAGCUGGAGAAGGCCGAUAACUUCCCCGAGAGCUCCAACACCGAAGUGACCAAGCUGCGCACGCAGCUGCUCAAGCACACCAACGAGAUUGAUCAGUCUUCCGAGAGAAACUACCAGAAUGAUUUCAAGACAGAAAGCUUACAGGAGGAGAAGCGCAUGCUGGAGCGGGAGUACAGCCGGCUGCCCAAGAAAGAAGAGAUCGACAAGCAGACCAAGGAGCUGACCAAGCAGACAGAGGAGCUGCGGCUGGAGAUCGGCCAGCGCCAGCUGGAGGCCAAGAACCUGCGGGAGGAGCUGGCCGCCCGGGAGCGAGCGGUGGAGCUGGAGCGGAAGGAGGUGGAACAGGAACUGGAGGAGCAGGAGCGGCUGAAGGAGGACCUGGUGCAGGUGCACUCACUGCCGGGCCAGCUGCUCAAGGAUAUGGACAAGCUCAACAAGCAGAAGAAUGAAGUGGACAAGAAGCGGGCAGAGGUGGACGAGACCUGCCGCGACUACACCAGCGAGCUGCAGCGGCUGCUGGCCCGCCAGCAGCAGCUGACCGACGACAAGUUCCAGCUGGAGCGGGAGAAGCAGAAGAGCCAGGGUGCCCUGGAAGAGCUGCAGAUGAAGUUUGACCAGCGCAUGAAGGACUUUGAGUACGAGAGGGAGAAGGAAGCCGUGUACAUGGGCGACAGAGCAACACUCGAUCUGGGACUGCGUCACGUGCAGAUGGAGAAGAAGAACCAGCACGACAUCUACGCCCGGAAGCUGAGAGAGAAGGAGCGAGACUCGCGCAACCAGAAGAAGACGGAGCUCCAGCUGAAGGUGGCCAACGAAGGCCUGGCCCACACACAGUCUGUGUUUGACAAGGUGAAAUCUCAGGCUGAUGGUGGUCCCAAAGACGACGGCUCGUUACUGGAGAAACGCAAGGAGCUGCAGAGAGAGGUGGAGCAGACCAAACGCAUGCUGGGGAAUCAGAAUUCCCUGACAGCCGUGGAGCAGGUCAAAGUGGAGCAGAGCAUCGCCGAGGAGGAGCGGCUGCUGUACGAGCAGAGCGACCUGCGCAUCGAAGUGGUGGAGCUGACCCGGCUGGCCGCCAUCAAGGGCGACGAGCGGGAGCAGAAGGCCCGGGACUUCAUGCGGGCCGAGCUGCGCUACCACCGGGCGCUGGACGACCUCAAGGCCAAGGAUCUGGCCAUCGUGGACAACAAGAAGAAGUACCAGGAGAUGAUGAUAAGGUUGCGUGAUUUUGCCAAGAUGUACGACGUGAUCAAGAACGAGCGCAACAAGUGCGUCAACCUGAUCCAGGCCAGCACCCAGAAGGCGGCCGAGAUGAGGGAGAAGAUUAAAAUCCUCCAAAAUGAGAUCGAGAUCCUCAGGACAUCUUGCCAAACCAAAGAAAGGCAACUGCAGAAGGCGCGACUGAAGCACGUCAACGCCGUGGUGCUGCGGGACCAGCUGCGCAACGAGCUGGCCAAGCAGCAGCGAGCCGAGGAGGAGAUGCGGGAAAAGCGGGAGCAGCAGCGGCUGGACAUCGCCAAGCUCAACCUGAUGAUCAACCAGGCCGAGGAGCAGAUGGUGAAGCUGCGCAAGCGCUACGAGACGGCAGUGCAGCACCGCAAUGACAGGGGCGUGCAGCUGAUCGAGAGAAACGAGGAGGUCUGCAUCUUCUACGAGAAGGUGAACAUCCAGGAGGACAUGAUCCGCAAGGGGGACGUGGAGCUGCAGAUGCGGGAGGAGGAAAUCCGCUUUCUGAAGAUGCAAGUCGGCGAGGAGAAGAGGACCAUCGGCUUGAAGCGCCAGACCCUGCCCAACAAGAGGGCGCUGGAGCAGGAGCUGGUCACCCUGCAGAUACAGCUGUCACAGUGCCAGGACCGCAUGGGAGAGCUGGAGAAGGAACUGGAGAAUCCAUACGAUGAGAAUCGGGUACGAUUCCUCGAAGGGAAGGACCUGAGCCCAGCAGAACUCAACAAGAAGAUUGAGCAGCUGGAGGUGCGCCUGGCUGAAAAAGAGGAGCAACUUCUUGAGAAGGAUCUGGUGUACGAACAGGUCCAGAGGCUGGCCGAGAACGUCCGGAACAAAGUGGACAGCGGCAAGGAAGACACUCUGCAACUGGCUAAAAAGGUCAACGAGGUCCAGUCCAAGAUCAAAGACGUGACCCGCAAGAUGAUGGCCGCCGUCUCGGAGCUGUCCAUGCGGCAGGCCGAGGCCCUGGGUCUGCAGCAGCAGGUGCGGCAGCAGGAGGCGGAGCUGGACCAGGCCUACCUGCGCAUGGAGCAAGGCGAGGCGCCCUCGGAGGAGGCGGCCCGCAGCUGGGAGCGCAUGGUGCGGGACGAGAGCCGGCGUAACGAGGAUGCCACCCGGCGCAGGAUGGCAGAAGAGGAAGAGGAGCAGUACAUUACGGCGGGCGGCACCACCACCACGGCCGAGCCCCGCCCCAACGCCUACAUCCCCGAGGACGACAGCGAGCUGCCUGUGCCCAGGCCCUACGGCGCCCAUGCCCCCUUCAAGCCCCAGGAUGCGGGAGCCAACAUGAGGCACAUCCGCAAGCCCACCGUCAAACCCAUCGAGAUCUGAUGGAAUGGAGCAGAAAGUCCACUCUGCAUUGUACACAUAUACUUAUAAUAGAAGCUACCAUGAGUCUGGGCCAUAGAUCCCUAAAAUUAAGUUUCCGCCCUCCCACACCCCACCCAACCCCCUUUGAUUUGUUGUUAAAAGAUUACUAACACAAUGAAUACCCCCCUCAUGAGAAGUUAGGAAAGAUGAUGUACAUAUUUGGAAUAGAAUGUCAAGAACGAUGGUGACCUUCCUUAAAUUAGACUAAGCCUGGCGCCCUUCACAAAUCUUCUGUUAAAAACUGCACCUAGCCUUGCGAUAGAACAAAAUGGUUUGCUCAGUUGAUUAAAGUUUGUAAGUGUAAAGUUUACAUCUUGUUAAAUGCGCGAGCUCACCUGACUGCACAAGUCAAAGGACCAACAACACCUGGGAAGGAGGUGUUCUUGGUACUUUGACUUGUGAAGGCCCUUCAGGGUUUGCAAAAGACAGGCUUGAUUCUGUUGAUUUAUUUUUUCCAGCAGGAUUUUUAAAAAAAUGAGAAUGGAUUAUCCCUAAGUGAUGUAAAUUCUUCCUUCAGGGUCUGAUUUUACUUUGAAGUCUGAAAGAGUUGUGAUCCAUCUUGCUAAGGGUGGAUGGGGGGGGUAAUAAGUGGCCACACCUCCCACUCACACCCCCCCCCCAAAAAGCCAAAUUUUUCUUGGGGGAAUAUUCAGAGAGAAAGGCAAAUUUGUUGGUGUUUCAUUUCCCUUCCAUCAGAAGCGUGUAAAAAGACCCAAAAUGUAUCAUUACCCCCCAGAAAGGCCAGGUUACAUGAAGGUUACAAAAGAUUAAAUGAAAAACAAUUCCAAAUCCCCCCCCCCACCGGUAGACGUUGCCAGCAGGAAUGCCAGGUGAAACAUCGCUAGAUUUGCCAAUUUGUUCUUACACCAAGUACAUAACAUUGGUCUGUUAGUGUAAUAAUAUCUUCAUUGAAGCAUCUUCAACACGGAACAGAUUGAGGAAAAAUGCUUUAAUGGCAUCUCCAUCACAGAAGUAUCCAAGCACUACGCGGUUUUUACACGGUGGCCGUUGGGUUGUGAGAUCAUUUAAUCUCGGCCACCAUAAGUACCCGUCUAUAUUCCUGGGUGGCAAAAAGCAGUAAAGUGUCUAACCCAGGAACAAAAGCAUCAUGGUACCUGUGUAGGGUUCGAACCCUUAUACCAUCACACUGGAGUGAUGCACCCACAACACUCUACCCCAUCUUAUUCUCUGAAGUUGUGAAACUUUCAAGGCAUACAGUGCACAAGGACCACGGGGGUGGAGCGGGAAAAAAACUUUUUUUCUGCGGAAAAGGCUCAGUAAAUUUUUCCAAGACAAUAUUUUCAGUUGGUGGAGGGUAUAUUGUUGCCAGUCCUAGCUGUGAAGCUUUUGAUUUCUAAAUCUAAAUAAACUUCCAAAAAAGAUUGGUCAAAUGCCGCUGAGACGGGCAAAUCGCUUCCUCUGCCCCCGCCAUGCUUGCGUUUUCAGUCCGUCCAUAUUUAGUGUUGAAAAGCACAGAUAAAAAGCUAUUGUACAGAGCCAUUGUCUCGUGGUAGCCGCUUCGCUUAAAACCCAACAUAGUGCUUUCCGCCAUUAAAGGGGGCCAUCGGGAAAGAUUAGAAGGUCGAUCGAAUGUGAGAAUUUGUAAUUACGUGUGUGGUUUUGAAAACUGGUUUAUAUAGCAAUUUAAAAUGUACAUAUAAAAUUCCGCUUUAACAUUUAUAUUUUAUUCGAAAAAGCCAUUGCCGAUUCCGUCCAGUGCACUGGUGGUUACGUACUAGUAUCAAUUGAAAAAGUUAAAAUCAACUUAAAAUUUACGUGUACAAUCUGCGACGAAGACGUGAAUAGUUUUUCCAAUAUGAAAAUGACGGCAGAAAUAAACCAGCGUGUUAGCAAAUGCAUGCGUUGAAAAAUA